CCCGCCCGUCUUGGGACCUUCGCCUGCGCGCCUACCCGCGGGUGAACAGUGCGCGCUCCGGCCCUCAGCGGGGACUGGGACGUCAGGUCCCCGGCCCCGCCGCUCCCCACGAUGAGGAAGUUGAGGCUCAGAGAAGGAAAGUGGUAACACUCACGUCCUGUGAUCGCAGUCCAGGAACCAGGUGGCCAGCCACCAGGCCCAUGCCGUGAGGCCCGGAGGUGCCCCGCCGCCACCAGCAUGCCUUGGGAUGCAAGGCGGCCCGGGGGCGGCGCGGACGGCGGGCCCGAGGGCGCGGGCGCGGCGCGCUCCCAGGCGCAGAAGCAGUGUCGCAAGUCGUCGUUCGCCUUCUACCAGGCCGUUCGCGACCUGCUGCCCGUGUGGCUGCUCGAGGACAUGCGCGCCAGCGAGGCCUUCCACUGGGACGAGCGCGGCCGCGCCGCCGCCUACUCGCCCUCCGAGGCGCUGCUCUACGCGCUCGUGCACGACCACCAGGCGUACGCGCACUACCUGCUGGCCACGUUCCCGCGCCGCGCGCUCGCGCCGCCCAGCGCCGGCUUCCGCUGCUGCGCCGCGCCCGGGCCGCACGUGGCGCUGGCCGUGCGCUACAACCGCGUGGGCAUCCUGCGCCGCAUCCUGCGCACCGUGCGCGACUUCCCGCCCGAGGAGCGCGCGCGCGUGCUCGACCGGCGCGGCUGCAGCCGCGUGGAGGGCGGCGGCACUGCGCUGCACGUGGCCUGCGAGCUGGCGCGCCCCGAGUGCCUCUUCCUGCUGCUCGGCCACGGCGCGUCGCCCGGCCUGCGCGACGGCGGCGGCCUGACGCCGCUGGAGCUGCUGCUGCGCCAGCUGG